UGAAAGUGCAUAACUUGCAAAAUGUAAUUCCUGGCAGCCAGGGGCCUUUUACAUUAUAACCGACUCGCUUGCAUAACUAACCUAUUUCACAAAGACUGAAGAUGAGCAUUUAAACAACAGGAGAACGAAUACCCUAAGAUAAAUCUGUUUUUUUACAAAACCGGCAAGAUGGAGAGACUCUUUCUUGUGCAUGUUCUGUUUACAAUGUGCUGGGCUGUGCCUCAAGACCUCUCAGGUAAAAUGUUCACAUUUCCAAAGGAGUCCGUCUCUGAUCAUGUGGGGCUAAUACCAAAGGGAGAAAACUAUCCUUCUGUGACAGUAUGUCUCAGGUAUUUCACAGAUGUCAAGAGGGCGUUUUCCAUCUUUUCCAUGGCAACUCCGACAAGCACCAAUGACUUUCUGUUGUUCAAAGAGUCCAAUGGUGACAUGGAGCUACAUGUUAGAUAUGUGGGAAGUACAUUCACAGGGCUACCAGAUGAGCAGAACAUGUGGAUGGCUCUGUGUGGGAGCUGGGACUCAGUCACCGGACUCAGUCAGGUUUGGAUCAAUGGGAAGCCAAGUGCAAGGAAGAUGGGACACACUGCUGGGAGUGUGCUGAAUGGAAAACCCAUCAUAAUCCUAGGUCAGGACCAGGAUUCUUAUGGUGGAAAUUUUGAUAAAGGACAAUCGUUUAUUGGUCAAUUCACUGAUGUACACAUGUGGAAUUAUGUUCUGUCACCUUGUGAGAUCCAGCGCUUCACAAGCGACUUAGAUUUCACCCCUGGGAAUGUACUUAACUGGAGGUCCCUUGAAUACACGAUUAAUGGGCAUGUUGUUCUAGAAAACAAGCAAACACCCUGCCAAGAAUGAGCAGUGUCAACCAAUCAUUCAGCGUGUUGAGAAAUGUUGACUAUAAUCAAACAUCUGAAUAUGCUUGUGUGUCUAUUCACAACUAUCCUGCAAAUCAUCAUAAAAAGUGUUUUUCUAAUCAAAUCAAGAAACACAUUAUAUUCUUUCCUAAAGCAAUAUCCUCCAAUGAAUCUAAUAAAAUUACACUCUUUAUAGUAAA